UGCCGUCGCGCACGCACGCGCAUGUCGCUCGUAUAUUUUCUCGGUGAUGUGAGGUGGCCUCCGCUACCGCAGCGCCGCGCGAUAACCGCGCUAUUUUCGCGAAAACGUACGCCAGUUGAAGGCUCGAGAGCCUUCGAGCCGGCAAGACGCCGUCCACCGUGGAUUUGAGGUACGGCGCCAUGGCGGCGACCACGUACAUGCCCGCCGAGAUGGACCUCGGGAACCUUGGCGGGUACCACGCUGCGUCGCCGCGGAGCGCCGAGCCCGCGGACAUGAAGUACCAGCACCACUUGCAGACAGGCGGGUCGCCGUCGCCGGGCGCGCCCGUGCUCAGCAACCCCUGGGCGUCGCUGCCGCCGGCCGACCCCUGGUCGAUGCACCAGCACCACUCGCACGCGCACCAGCCGGACGUGAAGCCGCCGCCGGGCCCGCACGACCACCGCCUGCAGCACAGCCACGGCUGGCACGCGCCCGUGGUCAGCCCGCACUACGGCGCCGGCUCGCCUGUGGCCUUGCACGGCGGAUACCCCAUGCCGAUGCACCAGCACCACAUGCUGCGGGACGUGCAGCCCUCGCCUCAUCCUCUGCACCACCACCACGCGCUAGAACGCGACCAACCGGAGGAGGACACUCCCACGAGUGACGAUCUCGAGGCUUUCGCAAAACAAUUUAAGCAACGCCGCAUAAAACUAGGCUUCACGCAAGCAGACGUAGGUCUGGCGCUCGGAACGUUAUACGGAAAUGUUUUCUCACAGACAACGAUCUGCAGGUUCGAGGCUUUACAACUCAGUUUUAAGAAUAUGUGCAAGCUCAAACCGUUGCUCCAGAAAUGGCUGGAAGAGGCGGAUUCGACGACAGGCAGUCCAACGAGCAUUGACAAAAUCGCCGCGCAAGGCAGGAAACGAAAGAAGCGCACAUCGAUAGAGGUUUCUGUUAAAGGAGCGCUGGAACAGCAUUUCCACAAACAGCCAAAGCCUUCAGCGCAAGAGAUCACGUCGUUAGCGGAUAGUUUGCAGCUCGAAAAGGAGGUGGUGAGAGUGUGGUUCUGUAAUAGAAGGCAGAAAGAGAAGCGGAUGACACCUCCGAAUACGCUGGGAGGCGAGAUGAUGGAGGGCAUGGGCCACGCGCACUACGGGCACGGCGACGUGCACGGCUCGCCGCUGCAGCACUCGCACUCGCCGCCCGGGCUGUCGCCGCAGCACGGGCUGCCGCAGGGCGCGCACACCCUGGCCGCUCACUAACAGUUCGCCCCGUGGGCGCCGCCGCGGCCCUACUAUGCGGAGCCGCAUUAGCGCCCCCGCCCGCGGGAUACCUCUGUACAUAGCGCCUGGCCUGGACGUGCCCGCGCAGUGAACCGCCGCCGCCCUUGUACAUAUUCGGUGGCGGAACCCGUGAACGCUAAGUUUAAGUUCUUUAAUUUCAGUGAAGUCAUUGAUUAAUUAUGUGAGUAGUUAAGAUCGAAGCCAGUAAUCGUUUAUACAUUAAAGCGCCGAGGUUCGGAGUGAACGCCGUUCUAGAUAGAUAGUCUAAUUGAUAAAUAAGAGCUUAAUCGGAGGAAGAGCCCGGCGCGUGGCACCCUCGAGUCGCGUCCGCGGCGAGCUGGACGUCGGCCGAGCCGCGGUAAGUACCCCCCACACCGUACACUGCGGCAGCCGGCGGCCGCGCGCCUCGGCCGGCGAGGAGAGCGCGCGAUUCAUUUUUGUAAAGGACGAUUUCAUCGAAUUUAUUUAUAGAUAUUAUAAAUUAACGAUGUUCAUACAUGCCUACCUUCCGUAGGGAGUCAUUGUGGUGUGGAUUAAAUUUAAAUUGUUGCUAUUACUGUAAAUUUAUGAUUAGUGAUGGAGAGUAAAAAAUAUGAAUCGGGUCGAAGCUUCGUUUUGUAAGGGAAUACGAGUGAGUCAAUAGGUGCAAUUUUUAUUUUAAGUGUUUAACGAAUCGAUGAGAGUGCGAGAGCCGUUCGUAGCACGGAACGGCCGGACUGACUCGGGGGCUCUGCCGGUGGCGCCGUACAGUUUGCUGGGAAUCGUGCGCGUCUGAAUUCGCUUAGAGUAAAUGCAUGUAAAAGUCAAACUGCACCAAAAAGAUUGUAUAAGUAUGGAUAUGACAGUGUGUAAAAAAUAUUGCCUAACGUUUUGAUUUCUGUAUAAAUUUAAAAUUUCUUUGUGACUGUGUCUUGUUGAUGUUGAGAUGUUCAGACGCGCAACGCAUUGGGGAACGCUGAGCUGUCGUUGGUUCGAGUCCGACCGGCCAGCGCACUCGGCCAGACCUAGGUCCCACAAUAAUUUAUUGAAAAAUAUUAUUAAAAGGUUGCAGACACGAUGCCAAAAUGGUUUUAUUCCUGUUUUUUACUUGUUUUGUUGUUUUUUUUUCGUUUGUAUGUAUUUGUGGCCAACCUUGGUACUUAAUACUUGUAAAAAUAGGUAUUUUUUCUAUAUAAAAAUAAUGUACCUACAACGUAUAUGAUGAUAUAUAUAUUAAAAAAGUUCUUUAUAGAAAUUGAAAUAUGGAAAUGACUUUUAUUCUAAAUAUCCCAAAAGUAAACUGCGCCUUCAUUGAUGAUGAUAAUUUCUCUCGUAUUAUAAAUAAACUAGUUAUAUUUGAUUUGGAUUCGGAAUGAUUAAAGUUAAAUUUAGUUUUGAAAGUUAGUUGACAUAAUUUAUGAGUAGUUGACGAAAUGUAAAUAUGUAGGCACGCGACCGAACAAUGUGGAAUGAUAAUGCUAGAUUAA